CUCAGUCGCUUUGGGAGGCUCCGCGUUCGCCGCCUCCUGGAAGGAAGGAGGUCGUUUGUGUGAGGAGCAGCUGCUAUGGUGCUGAGUUCGCCGGCAGAGCUGAGGUGUUCGCGGCCAUGAAGGCGGGUGCCACCUCUAUGUGGGCUUCAUGUUGUGGGCUGCUGAAUGAAGUCAUGGGAACUGGAGCUGUCAGGGGCCAGCAGACGGGAUUUGCAGGAGGCACUGGUCCGUUCAGAUUUACACCAAGCUCUGACUUUUCCACCUAUCCACCAGCAGCUCCUGAAGGGCCCAAUAUAGUUUGCAAAGCCUGUGGACUUUCAUUUUCAGUCUUUAGAAAGAAGCAUGUGUGUUGUGACUGCAAGAAGGAUUUUUGCUCCGUUUGUUCAGUCUUACAAGAAAAUCUUCGUAGAUGUUCUACUUGUCACUUGCUGCAAGAGACAGCCUUCCAGCGACCGCAGUUGAUGCGUCUAAAAGUGAAGGAUCUACGGCAGUAUCUCCUUCUUAGAAACAUACCGAUUGAUACUUGUCGAGAGAAGGAAGACUUGGUGGAUCUAGUACUGUGCCAUCAUGGACUAGGCUCUGAGGAUGAUAUCGACUCAAGUAGCCUGAAUUCUUCACAGUCCCAGUCUUCUAGCUUUUUUACACAGUCUUUUUUUUCAAAUUAUACAGCCCCCUCUGCUACUGUGUCCUCCUUCCAGGGAGAGCUCAUGGAUAGAGAUGGGACCUUCAGAUCAGGAGUGUUGGCACAGGUACAGAGUGAAAUAGCUUCAGCAAACACAGAAGACGAAGAUGAUGAGGACGAUGAUGAUGAUGAUGAUGACGACGACGACGAAGAUGAUGAUGAAAACUUGGAGGAGCAGAAGCCCGGGCUUACUCAGAAGAGAAUGAGAGCUUCCCUGUCUGACCUGUCAAGCCUUGAAGAGGUAGAAGGGAUGAGCGUACGCCAGUUGAAAGAAAUCCUGGCUCGGAAUUUUGUAAAUUAUUCUGGCUGUUGUGAAAAAUGGGAGCUGGUAGAGAAAGUCAACCGGUUGUACAAAGAGAAUGAAGAAAACCAAAAGUCAUAUGGUGAACGGCUACAGCUGCAGGAGGAGGAGGAUGAUAGCCUGUGCCGUAUCUGCAUGGAUGCUGUCAUUGAUUGUGUCCUGUUGGAGUGUGGGCACAUGGUCACCUGCACCAAAUGUGGCAAGCGCAUGAGUGAGUGUCCCAUCUGCCGGCAGUAUGUGGUGCGAGCCGUGCAUGUUUUCAAGUCCUGAAUCUGAGGCUCCCCCAUAGGACACUCACCUGACUUGAUCCCAGACAUUUCAGUGUACAAACGUGGACUGGAAAUCAUAAUGUUCCAAGGCAGAAGCUAUUUUUAAAAAGUAUUUUCAUUACUGAUCGGGGGCAGAAAGAUUCAUCCUAAGUUGGAAGAAACCCAAGUCCAGGUCACGAGUCUUUCAGCCUGUGGAUACAUGGCUUCCCAGGUUCUGCUGGGUUUUAUCAUUUGUUCUCCAAUGCCACUAAUUGCUGAAGUCAGAUUGUUCACAGUGUGUGGGCAUGCACUCCUGGGUUUGGGUUUUGCUCCCGAUCUCUUGCUUUCUCUUUAUCCUGUGUUUGACUUUUGUUUCUUGGAUAAGGUGAGCUCACUGCCCACAAGUGGCUGAGUGGUGGCUUCUCUGAAUGUUAACUUCAUUAGUCAUGUAUAUUUUAAAUACUAAUCUCUGAUGAAUGUAACUUUCCACACUGUUGCUAUUUCUGUAUUUGAACAUAAUUGGGAACAAUUGACAUUCUGUAGUCAACUGCCAGGGCCUUAGACUAAACGUGUUCUUUUUUGUUCAGGUACAGCUUUUCAUAGCAAGGGCUGCAUCUAAUUUCCUAUAUUAGAAGUGUAUUAAGUUCUUUAUUAAUGUGUGACCAGCUUACACUGUUUUGUAUAGUUGAAGGUGUAUUUUUAGUGCUACCUGCUAGCUAAUUUCAACUUUAGGAAUAAAAAUAGAUUAAAAAGCUGCUGUA